AUGGAUGACUUCUUCUUGGAUGCACUCAAGCACCCACCAGAUCUGAAAGCAAAAAGGGUCUGUUGUGGCUGCAAGAAGGAAGAGCCAGCCAACAAGCCAUUUAAGUUACAAUGUAGCCGGUGCAAAGAUGAAGGCUUUGUUCCGGCUCUCUUUUGUGCAAAAAAGUGCUACAAACAAGCCUGGCCAAAACACAAAGAAUGGCAUGAAACGAAGGAACGAGAAACCAGGGAUGUUGAUGCUGUACAUCAGUCUCGUUUGAAGCUUAGCAUCCUGGAGGACAUCCUGGAGAACCAAGGGAGUUCUGAAUAUUAUUCAUUGGUUGUGGCUGGACUACGAAAGAUGGAUUCUGGUGACUUUGCAGGUGCCAAGAAGCAGUUGCGUAAAGCACAAAAGCUUGAUACAAGACGGCCAGAAGCAUUUUUGAACCUUGCCCAAUGCUUUUAUGCGUCAGGAAUGCAGCAGGAAUUCAUCUCAAACAUCCAAGAAGUAAUCAAGCGAUGGGCCUUGGUUGCAUUGACAGGCAAUUACACCGAUGGUCGCUUUGUGGAUUUGAAGGGUGAUGAGAUGUGGAACUAG